AAAGAGGGGCAAUAUUUGUUACAGUUCUUUGGAUUUAUACUUUACUGUUCAAAUGCAAAUCAAGCUUGUUGUUCUUACUAUCUGUGCUUCUCUUGCCGCUAUUGGCUUUGCUACUCCUUCUCCUCAAGGUGACCCCAGUGCUAAUGGUUCAGACUCCGUUAUUCCUGUCGGUGAACAAGCUCCUCCUGGCUUUGAUGAUCUAGGCCUGCUUGGUAGCCCUGAUGAAAGUACUGAAGAUUCGACUUUAGAUAAUUUGGACAGUGAAUUGGCGGCAGCAUUGGCACGAAGAAGAGUAUCAAAAGGUAGACAUAGAAGAAUCCGUUUUCGUGGUUAUGGUCGUCGUGGUCGUGGUCGUGGUCGUGGUCGUGGCCGUGGUCGUGGUCGUGGUGGACGAAAAAUUACUAUUAUAAAACAUUCGAAAAAGGGAUAA